AUGGUCGAAGCAGAAUUGGGCUUGCUGAUCUCCAAGCAACAUGCCCCUGGCACGGUGCCACCGCGCGCGGGGCCACCAUCCCUGCAGCGGACGAGUUCUGCGACGGCCCCGAAGAGCUUGGGCCUGCCCCCGCGGCUCAUGCGGUUGCGCUCCGAAGUCGGUCCUUCUGCGACGAUGCCCGGGCUCAGGCGAAUAAGCACGGCGCUAGACACAAAGGUGAAGGGCAUCCCAGCGCCUUGGAAAGACCGCUGGACCUUGCCUGGAGCCACGUUGCAGCGUCGUGGGUCAGCCCUCCUGGGGGAGCUGUCGCUGCGGGACUUGGAGGGCUUGCAGACGUUGAUCGGUGAGCAGACAGCCCUUGACCUUUCUCUGGAAGUGUCAAGCGGGACUCCCGAAUUUCAGACGCAGGCUUUUCCCUGGAGUUCGAGCGUGACGAUUCUGUUGGCCAUGCGAUCAGGGGCGAGCAUGUUGGAGUUGUAUGAGCAAGCUGCUGCAGCAGUGCUGCAAGAAUGGGUGAAGCGAUCCAUCUAUGCUGCCUGCUACUUGCAUUUUUCGCUUCUCGCGCUCUUCACAGAACAGUUGCUGCCUGUUCAUCCCAACGGUAUGCUGCUCGAGGCAUUGGGGACUGCCUUGCAGAGCCUCGAGGAUGGUGGCUUGGAGCACGUCGUGGCUUCUGCGGCCUGCUUGGGGCAGGUGGUCCUCAGGGACGGAGCCAUUCCCGAGGUGCCAAACUUCUGCUGGGAGCUCCUGGAGUCUCUGCUGGACAGAUUUCCGGCCAUCCCCCCCGUCGCAGAGAAGAAACCCGAGGAGGCUCGAGAGGGCCAAGGACAGGAAAAGCUACUGGCUUUUGCCAAAGGUUUGCAAAGCUGGUGGCUGCAAGGGCUGCCAAUGAGCCCAGUCGAGAGGCUCGGGCUUUUGGAGCAGAUCACCGCCUUCGUGUCAGCUUUGGCCCUAUCGGAGUCGCGGAGCUUUUGGCCUUGCUACCGGGGCCAUCUGCUCUUGCCGCUCAUCCCGCGAUUUCACGAAAGCCUUCCGGCUUUUGCUUGGCCGUCUUUGGGUGGUUCCAAGAAGGUCACGGACGUCGUCCUGCUGUCUGCAGCCCCCCAGCCCAAACCUGUCAAGAAGGGCCCGCCUGUUUUGCUGCGAGCCGCGACGGCGCUACAAGCCAACUGGGCAGAUGCUGUGCGAGAUCUUCGAGAGACUGCUGGCCGACUGGCCGUUCAUGGCGACGAGCUGCUGCGAACCGUCCGCGAGGCCCAGGCGCUGGUCCGGGAGAUGCUCUCCCGGAGUCCGAGCGAAGCGAUCUCCAAGGCGGCCUUGCAUGGUGCCGAGUCGGCCUUGGAGGGAGUGGUGCCGAAGAUCGAGGAAUGGCAGGGUGCUGCUGCAGAGGCGAUGGAGUGGGUCACGCAGGAGGACGUGCGACAGAAGGAGCGAGUGGCCACCUCCCGGAGCAUUCAUCAAGCGUUGAAAGAGAUGCCUUCCACGUCCUCAACGGUCGCUUCUGUGUCGACAUUGAAGAUCCCAGCUGACAUCAUUUCGGGAGAGGUUCAAGACAUAGCGAGAGCAGGCGAGAUGCUCUUGGUCUCUGCUAGUAACACGCAGUCCAAAAAAGGCUAUCUGUACCUAUUGGAGAACUGCAGUGGGCCAUCUCCGAAAUGUUCUGUCGUGGUGAGUGAGGAGUCAAGCAUUGGCUUCCGCGAUGGUGCUCUCAAGGAUGCUCUUUUCGGUCAGCUUGCCGUGGGACUCUGCGGAUGUGAGGAUGGAAGCUUCCUUGUGGCUGACAUCUCCAACCACCGAAUCCGCCGAGUUUCCAAGACUUUGGAGGUGAAGGCAGUGGCAGGCUCUGGGUCUAAAGGUCAAAGAGACGGGAAAAUGGCUUCCGCUACCUUCUCGUCUCCGCGCGCACUGAUCUCGCUUGGCGACACAAUACUCAUCACGGAAGAUGGCCAUCCUGGAACGGUCCGCGUUUUGGAACAAGGUUUGGCUGAUUCGAUUACUAUACCACUCGGUCGCCAGCAGCAACAGAUGCAGGAGUCUUGCCUGGCCCCGGAUGCUUGCGAUCCGAAUUCUGCCUGGCUCGCGCACUCGAGAGCCAUUUGCCGAGUUUCGAAACGCAGUGGCAGCUGGACCGUUGAAACCGUCGUCGAGAUUCAAGGCAUCACUGGUCUAACACACCUGUGGAGUCCUGACGGCUCGACAGAUGGCCUGGUCCUCAGCAAAAAGAAGAGCUACACGCUCAGCUUCUGGGAUCAGACGGAGGCAACGAAGAGCCUGAGCAUCAUGGCCGGGCAGGCCGCUUCGCGGGGCUCCGCGGACGGCCUCGGCACGGAGGCACGCCUCGCCGGCCCUGCGAAACAGUGCGUGCUCGGCGAUGGAUCCCUGCUGGUCGCCGACGGGCGGCGGCUGCGGCGCAUCGUUACGCAAGCAUUGAGGGAGUCCGAGUUUGCUCGUGCAGCAGAAAGCGUCGAGCGGCACUCCCAGCUGGCAUUGCAGCGAGACGCCAAGCUUCGAGAGGCUUGGGAGCAAGUAACGAGGCUGCAACUUGGCAAAGGUUUGAAGGUCCUGGCUGGGCCCUGCACCGACAUCGCGUGCGCGAGGCGCGCGAUCUGCGAUGAGAGGUUCGACAUCGAAGCGGCUCGGUCAUUCUCCAGGCUGGAGGCUUCGUGCGAAAGCAUUGUCGCACUCGUGACUAUGGCCCCCAGCAUGGCCGCUGCACUGCAGGUGCUGCCCAGGAAGUUCUCGUCAGGUGUGGCACAGGCCUUGCACAGGAAGCUGGAGAAAUACCACUGGCCUCCCAUGCUCCAGGCAUCAAAGUACCUGGCUGCAGACUUGGAGGCGCUGCAACAGUUGGCAGGCAGCCACUUCCUUUCGGAGACCGCAGCCGUCACCGCCGUUGAUGGGCCCUGGUUUUCGCGACAGGUGGGAUUUUCGCCACAGCUGGUGGGCCUUUUUGACAUGUUGCGGCGAUGCUUCCCGGACUCACGCCCUCUGCAUCUGGCGAUGGUUCGAUGGGCUUUGCGACGCUAUGUCCGGAGCUCCUUCUCGAAGAUUGCGAAGGAGCUACAGGAACUUAACGCAAGCGAUGAGGAGAUUGCACGUGCUUUUGCAGACUGGUUGUCAGGCAUCCUGCAGUCGCUGGGCCUGGAGCUCGAGCCGUGCGAAGAGCAGCGAACCAACAGCUUGCCCUGGCUUGUGGAGGAGCUUCUCCUGGAUCACCUCAUUGGGGACAGCUCAGACUCCAAGUACUGGGCCCUGCAGCGCAGUGCUGCCGUGGCAGACACGCUGGGUCCUGCACUCCGCCGUUUGCUCACGAAGGCCCUGCGUCUCAUUGCCGUCGACCUGCCGAUGCGCCGAUCUUUGGAGGCUCUGGGCCUGCGCAUUGACGCAGAGGCCAUCGAGGUACCGGCAGACACCCGUGGAGGCCUGAAGGCGGAGCUUCUGGCUGUGGUUUUGGAGAACGCCUUGGAGCCGUCAAAGAAAGAGAAGGCCAAGGAGGCAGACAAGGGAAAGGGAAAGGGGCCGAAGAAGCCACUGUCCGAACUGCAGGACGUGCUUCGGGCAGACUUGCUCUCCUGGGGAUGCGUGCUGCGCUGGUUCGACGGUGUGCAGGAGCAUCUUCCAGCCGAGCUGCGUGGGCGCCUCCAGAAAUGCACGGAGCCCGCCCGCGGUGGCCUGGCCCUUCUGGCACAAGCGGCACACGCUGGCACGCUGCCCGUAGAGAUCUCAGACAGUCUUCUCUUCUGCAAAGCGCACAUCUGUGCCGUUGGUGUGCCAAGGAAAUGGCAGGGCAUCAGGACGGCGCAGAAGCUCUACGCCACCCGUCCCGAGCACCGAAAGAAUGUGGCGGGCAAGGUGUUGGCAAUGAUUGUUCGAGA